ACUACUACUACUACUACUACUACUACUACUACUACUACUACUACUACUACUACUACUACCAUAUUAUAACGGAACCCCUAGCCAUUUAAUUCUCACACACUUAAUAAUGUAAAAAGAUGGGUAGUAACAGGAAGAAGAAAAAAACAACACAUUAGAUUUAAUCCCUUUUACUGCUAUUAUUUUACUACGAAUCUUGGCAGUACCAUCUCAAUUCUACCAGACAUUUCCGCUUAUGCAGCCAGCCAGCCAGCCAGCGAGGCGACGAACUGGCUGACAGCUGGGGUAGUGCACUCUGAUAUAUUCCCCUUAAAUUUAGAGAAGACCGACGCUUUUCCCCUUGUGUACGUUCAAGUCUUGCAUGUAGGCCAUCAGUAAUGUAACGCAUGGAGAACCUGUCCUAAAAUGCGCAACACUUGCGCCUAAGGUCAUCUGGCGUAUGUCUCUAGAAAAAUUAUUAUUAUUAUUAUUAUUAUUAUUAUUAUUAUUAUUAUUAUUAUUGUUGUUGUUGUUGUUGUUGUUGUUGUUGUUGUUGUUGUUGUAUCUUGCUAAUUGACAUGUAAGGGAGUAGCUUUUGCAUUAAUUUUACUUAGUAGCGAUGUGUAAUAUUAAAGCAUUCAUUGUUUUGAAGAAGCAUAUCAGCUCUCAAAUCUUAUGACAGGCACGUCACACCAGAUAAAAAGCAACAUGGUAAAGAUAACACUUUGCACUGUACCACCAGGAGUAACUUUAUUCUUUAACGUCAUGAAGUUUGCUAUAAAAUGUCAACGCGUUCAUUAUAUUCAUUAAGAUUUAAACAAGUUACUCAGAAGACUGUACGAUAGGUAACAAGCUGUUUUUUAACACAUUUUUUUUAUUAUAAUUUGUCUCACCUAUGAUGUCAGGAAGUCGCUAUGUAAAUAUCAAAGCAUUAAUUGAUUCAAAUGGUGGUAUAUCAGUUAGCUCGGAGAAAAAGCAAAUGCAAAAGACAAAGCGAAGUAACUUGCGAGGUGUCAGACAAAUACAGUCCUUAUACAUUGAAUUCUGGGAGGGGUCUUUACUGAGGGCAAGGGGGCGGGACAGAAACACAUGUUAUUACGUCACCGAGUAUGUUGCCAAGGCAGGCUCUGGCUUGACGUAGAUGAGGUGGCUCGAUUGGGAAGAGGCAGGCUGUCUAUCAGGAAUAUUUUUGUCACCAUUUUUUCUACCUUUACUGUUCGUUAGUCAGCUGGUUAGUUCAUUCGUUUGCUAACUCGUCGGUUGUAUAGUUAGAUGGGUUUGUUGGUUUAAAGUAGAGUAUGUUUAAUUCAAUUGUUUAUAGUAGAAAUGAGAUAAACUUUAAAUGUAUGGUAGAAGUGCAUACGUUUCUAAUAAGUAUGAGAACAAAAAAUGUUUUUUACCACUAUCAUUACUACCUAGUAUAACAUUAUACAACAUUAUAUGGUAUGGUAAAUUAUAUUACCUAUUCAACAAUAUUAUUAUAUCAGUGAUUUCACGAAGACGUUCGUAGGUUGGUUUGACAAGGCGAAAGUUUUAAGGGGGAGGUGCCAUGUAGUCUCAUGUGCGCGCGUGUGUUUGUAUGUGUGUGACAGGCAGGUGUGGCGAGCAAGCUGAGGAACUAGCCCCCCACAUGUGCACGCUCAGUAACGUACACGAGCGGGUUGUGUACACAGUGAGCUCCUGCACGCACUCAAGGCCGCUGCAUGGAAGAAGACCAAGGCAGGAAUUGUGUGUUACGUUACGCUCGUGGUUUCCGCGGCGGCGUGGUCAAGUUUACCAGUGUAUCGCCACGCCAGGAGGUAGACGUUGAUUCUGUGCAGAACAUCGAACAUCUUGAGGGUUCCCUCGUAACAGUUUUUGGGGAACUUUGUAUUCUUCAUGAGAACCCAUGUGUGAUGGCCACGAUCGUCCGGGAUUGUGGAGCUAUUAACCUUGACAAACACAACGCUGCUAUGGAAACCUUGAAAAAGUUGCAGCUGCCCAAGUAGUGGAUGUCAAGAUCUGCUGGGUUUGUUACAGGUGUUUGUUAGAAGUGUGGGUAGCGAGCAGCAUAUAGGGGGUAAGUGAUUAGUAUCUCUCUUCCCAUGCUUAGGAUAGCACAUGGUAGGUGGACAAGUGGCGUGUGUUGCUGUGUGAAGGGACUUGUCAAGUUUGUCAUGACAACCAGACGUGCAUCAGGCUUCAGGAAAUUAAUUGCACCUUGGAAACGUCACAUGUCAGGGCUUGAGAUUCCGCCUCAUUGCUCGUAUACCCCACAGUUCCCCCUUCAGUAUGAACCUCUGGCCAUUUGCAUAAACAAGAUAAGAAGACACAGCCACUUGACAGAGAAUUGUGAUCAGCUAGAACAUUGCAGAGUCUUGCACUACAACGACCUUAUGCCAACCUUGCAGCAUUAUGAGUGACACUAACAGAACUGAGUCCCUUGGCAAUGCCCCUGUAUGUGUGCAUGAUGAUGCUUCAGUGUCAACCCAAGAAGGAUCCCAGGAGGAUCCUCAAAGCAAGCAAGCAGAGGUGACACAGAGCCCAGAGGCAGAGGAAAUUUCUCUAGAAGCCACAGUACCUGAGGCUACAGGAAGUAAAGUUUAUUUGCAUGAUAACUAUCAAUCUGUGGACAAAGGUGAAAGUGGCUUAGGAAACAAUGAUAGUGAUAGUAAGGAGAAUAACUUCAGUAAUACAGAGAACCUAGAAGGCUGUGUACAGUUUAAUACUUCUUGUGAACUAGGAGCAGUUAGCACUGAGAUCAAGACUGCAUUUAAAGUUGUACAAAGUGAAUUACCUUCAGCUGUGUCUGAUGUUAAAAGUGAAGUCAGCCAGGUACUUCAGAGCUCCACACAGUUUUGUUUAGGUGCUGCUGAUCAGGAUACCAGUAGUGUUGAUCAUGGAAAUCCUGAGGGCAAUGUAAUGCUGAUGAAAAGUGAAUCAGAAGCAUCUGAACAAGUUUGUAACGUUGAGGAUAUAGUUGUACAAAAGUGUUCAAAUGUUACAAGUCACCUUGAAAAGGAUGACUUACCUGUUUUUGAUUCUGAGGCACAUUAUGUUAAGAUAGUCACAGAUCCUCUUAGAGGUGAGCCUGAUAGAUCAGAUUGUGAUAGUGAAAGAGACACCCAGUCUGUACACCAUGGUGAGCCAGUGUCUUGUGAAGUAGCCAUGGAUACUGGGCUUGAUAGUAGUUUAGAAAAAGAUGAGGUAUUUAUUCCCAUUAGUUUGCAUGAUGAACUUAGUAAAAAUAUAGCCAUAGAAGUGACUGAAGACUUCCUGAAGGAGAAGGUGGACUGUAAGGGUAGUACAGAAAGAACAAGGAAGGAAAACAGAUUUGAAGUGAACAGAGUAUUUCCUGUGCAGUCAAGACUGACCGAGGAAUGUGAGUGUGAUAAAGAAGAAGGUAGCAGUCACUUGUGUCAUUCCAGCAAUGAACACACCCAAAAGGCACAGCCACUCUCUGCACCAUCUACACCUGUUCCCUCUGCCUCCACCACUGCCAGAAAAGCCCUUAGGUCUCAGGCAUGCCGUGGCCGGAGGGUUUCUUUCCCUGAGGAUGAGACUCACCUCAUAUCCAGCUACUUGGAGCCAGUCAAUCCAUGGCAACAAAUGGCUGGCACAACGGUGGAGGAGAUAGCGGCGGCAUAUCGGGCAUCUUGUGACCGACACCGCACACAGCCAUUGCCAGGGGUGCUGCAGCAGAUCAAGGCCUUGCCUCUGGUGCUGGGGGGCCGGGUGGAGUGCCUCAGCCUGCGUUCUCAGCGGCUGGAUAGCAGCCAAUGUGAAGGCUUGGAGGAAAUCUUCCGAAGAGUGCAGUUCAAAAUAUUAGAUUUGGAAGGAUGUUAUUUAGAUGAUGACACUGCAAUUCCCCUCUUUGACAUGAUUGAGUUUUAUGACUCUGCUACCCAGUUGAACAUUUCAUGUAAUGACAAAAUUGGUUUCCGGGGCUGGCAGGCAUGCUCUAGGAUGUUGAAGAGAACCCCCUCUGUCGAGUAUUUGGAUGCCCGCAGCACCAACCUUAAUGAGACCAACAUGCCAAUACUGGGCAGGGCACUAAGGCUUGGCUCCCGUCUCCACACACUGCAUUUAGAGAGCUGCAACUUGACAGGUCGCCCACUCAUCAUACUAACAGCUGCACUGAGACAGAAUGAGUCAUUAACUGAGCUCUACCUGGCAGACAAUAGGCUUGGAGUCAAUGACUGCAUACAGCUUAGCAACUUGGUACGAGCCAACAGCACACUCCUUCUGCUAGAUCUUCGCAACAAUAAUGUGCAGGAUGCUGGGUGUAGCCAUGUGUGUGAGGGCAUUGCAGAGCAACAGAAGCACCAGCAGCAGCAACAACAAGGUGAAGAGAAUGGGGAAAAGACACGGUGUCGAGGCCUGCGCUCCUUGGUGCUGUGGAACAACCACCUCACUCCUCAGUCUGCCCCACAUCUGGCCAACAUGUUAGCCAUCACCAAGGCUCUGGAAACCCUCAACCUUGGCCGUAACAAUCUGACCAGUGAGGGCAUUUUGCGGCUAAAAGAAUCGCUUCUGAGAAACCAUGCUCUGCUUCGUCUUGGCUUGCAAUCAGCCAGAAUAGCUGAUGAGGGAGCAGUGGCCUUAGCUGAGUACACUGUUGAUAAUAGGGUGAUACAGCAUGUUGACUUGCGAGAUAACCCCAUCCGUGUGGCUGGUCUUCUUGCUCUAGCCCAUUCCCUCCGCCUCAACUCUACUGUCAUUCAGAUGGACAUAGAUUCUGAUCCUAGAAGUGAGCCAUCAGCAGAGCUGUCUGAACAGCAUUUUUCUCUCCAGAAAGAAAUUAAAGAAAUCUGCCAACGCAAUCUUACCCAAAGUCACCUAAAAGCUGCAAGUCAAAUGAAGAGUGAAACUCCACAAGGUGUUUCUUCCAAGCCAAACAAACAAUGGGAUACUGAAGGAGGUGUCAUUAGAAAGAUCUCUCUUACAUGUGAGACAACUGUGGUAUCGUCCCAAGAGAUUCGCACCACAGAAGUUGUUACUCGUGAAGAAGAGAAGCAGAGGUAUGUAAGCCCAGCUCCAAGUCCCUGUCCAAGUCCCUGUCCAAGCCCAUGCCCCAGUCCAGUCCCAAGUCCACUCAGGAAUAACCGUUUCAGAGUGUUUAGAGUGGCAGAACCUUCUAAAAGUUCUCCAGAUUUAAUUGCAAGCACUAGCCAGCCCACUGUCGUAUGUAGUGCAGUUCAUGUUUCACAGUCUGGGAGGAGUCUUUCUGCAGGAGACCUCAGUCAGCCUCCUAAACAGAGUGGUGUGCGGCCCAACAGGUUUGGCAUUGGUGGGCGCUUCACAGUGACACGUGUGGCAGAACCGUGCAGCUUGCCUUCUAGUCAGGUGUCUAGCAUGGCAUCAAGCUUCACAACUACAAGCUCUGUACCUGGGCCAAAAAUUGUCAUAUCUUCCCCUGUUAGAGUAGAGAGAGGGUUUAGUGUUGAUGAAACAGUUUCAAGAGAAGCAGCCGAGAAAUCUGGAGAGAAGCAAGGAAAGUGUGAUGCAAGUCCAACUGUAGACUUUAAGGCAACAAAGCUUCCAGAGAGUGCAGCACAGUGUGGCAAAGCCGGCUGUCAGUCUGACAGUGAUGCUGUUAUGGAAGGUGCCAACCUCAAAAAAUGUUUGCCAGAGAGCCAAAGGCCAGAAUUAAUGCCCCAAAGAUCACUGAUUGUGUUCAAGAGUAAUACUGAAUGUAAAAAAAUUGACAAAGACGGUGAUUCUCCAAACCUGAGUGAGCUGACUGACAGUGGAUUCCUUGAUGAAGGAAACUGUGGCAGAAGCAGUGGCAGUGCAUCACCAUCACCCAGCGCUGGCAGUCCUCGCACAGUUCAUGAAGGGGACAGAGACUCCUUGCUAAGCUCAUCUGUGGAUAGCACCAACCAGGAGGAUACAGGUCUGGGCCUCCCUAUGGAGGAAUCAGAGCCAGCCAUUCCAGUCUCACCAUGUAAUAUUCAACAAUUUGAUAUUCACCCAAUUCAUGACCCUCCAAAAAGAGCCCCUUUGGCUGCCAUGGAGAAUGGAAGCUUUGAUUCUGACAGCGAGGACAGUGAGCUUAUGACACAGUCCUCGGAUUCCACCCACAGUGAUGAGGUGCGUAUCACCACAGAGCAGAUGGAGCCAAGACAGGCCUGGGGUUCCAAGCCAGAACAGCCACAAGUGGGCAUGGCCUCAGAGGCAGUGAUAGCCUCGGGGGUCACUGAAUCUGGCUAAAACAGCCAAACAUUCUACACACUUGAGAGUAGUGUUUGGGCACGUCAGAACAACAACACUGGCCUCUCGACACGUUAGCUACGGACUGGCAACAUUUUCCAAUAUUGUGAUAGUAAAUAUAAAUGCUUUAUAACAUUUAUGUUUAUUUGGUCAUCAUGCUUUACCUCAAUCAAUCUCAGUUGUAAAGAUCAAAAUCAAGGAUCUAUUGUAAAGAUAUGAUUGAAAUGGUUUCAUGAUAUUACUUAUUUGUGAAUUACUUCAAACAAUUAAUGGACAGUGAUAUAAACUUAAAUUACCCUUGAAUAAUUUGGGAUAGUGCAGUAGUAUAGAUGUCCUGAGUAAAAAAUAUCCAUUCAUAUGGUUUAGGGUGAAAGUGAAGAGUAGAAAGCCACCAAUAUUGUACCCUCAAUUUCUCUUCUUGUGCUUUUGUUCAGUUCUUAAUGCUAGUUUUUCAGGCAUAAAAUUGAGUAGAAAUUAGAAAUCCAUAUUUAAUUCAUGUAAAUUUACAUCUGUAUAUCAUUGAAGUGUAUUUACAAGAUCCUUGUCAUCACUGUGCCACACACAUGGGAUCCUUUAGCUGGUCACAAUGUCAAAUUGAAAGGGAGUUCUCCACAGAAUACUAAAAGAAAUAACAUACUUUAGGCACUUUGUUACUUCAUAUUAUACUGAAAACCAAGGCUGUGUGACCCUACAUUUUAUUUUAGUAUAGCUUUCUUACACAAAUGACAUGCCUUUUGAUAUGCUUUUACUGAAACUUUCAUUAAAGACUGAAUUUUUUAUGAUAACACAAAAUUGGUGCAGUUUAUGUUGCAGUUGGUUCAGACAAAUUGCAUGUUGUGAAGCAGAGUGAUAUCAUGUAACAAGAGGCAGUAACUGUCACUAGCCAUUACCUUGAGUUUGUCCAGGCAUCCAUCCAAGUGAGGAGUAGCACAGAUGGUGCUCAUUUCCCAAUCUUUCACAUUAUUCUGCUAAAUCAUCCAACAACUCCUUAGAUGCUCAGCAAUGGGUCAUAUGAUAUUUGUGCUCAUGUUCUGUGCCAGUCAUUAUUCUUUCACUUGAAUCUUCCAUUAUGAAAAUUUGUAAGACUGAAAUCUUGCACCAUCUUUAGUAGUAUUACAAUUUGGCAAGAGCGAGCCAGAUCCCAGACUGUCUUCAGUAGUAAUGAGAAGUGGAUGUGUGCCCUCAGUGCCAGUGGCAACACACCAUACUGCAUUUUUUUUUUUUUUUUCCUCUCCAGUACUUGACAGUACAUGCUAUUGAUUUUCAAUAACUAAUGACAACUAUAACAAAAAUUUGUUCAUUGCUAAGCUUUAGGGAUGCUGAAAUCUCAGUAUAAGCUGCUGGGAAAGAGAUUAUGAAGAUGUGCUGUGAAUUACUUUUUUUCUGCCAUUUUUCACAGCAUUGAGGCCAAAUUUGGAGAAAAAAUUAAUGUUAUCCAGUGUGAGACAGUUGAUAAUCUAUUGUAGGAGACAAGAUUUAUGUAGAAAAACGAAUAUUCUUAUCUUCAGUAGGCAGAGCAUGUGCUGAUUUGUUCCUAAGACUCGCUCUUCUUACUCAAAAUUGUACAUUCCUUGUGAGUGGUGUCAGUGCUGCAAUUUUUUAAAGUAUUUUUAAGGCACAUGCCAAUUUUUUUUAUCAAAACUAUCUAUUUGAAGAAGGAUGUUGAUGCAGCAUUGAUUUUUAAUGAAUUUUGUAAAGCAUAAGCUGUAAAAAUGAAAUUUUAUCUUGUUUAAAAGUUGAUAAGUAAUUUAAUAUUUGCUGGUGAAGAGUAUCAGUGAUGUAUCUCGUGCAGCACAUGCUUUCAAAAUUAUGUAUGCCGUCAAUUAGAGCACUAUCAGUGUAUUUGAUGACUAAUUCAAUGCUUACCUUGGCAUGGUAAACUGAAACCAAGCUUGAUGAUGAAGCUUAUAUAACUUGUAGAACUGCCCUAGACUUUGCUGGCAAAAUAUGAAACUUAGUUUGGGACAUCCCCCACUUAGCAUGCUGGUGAGACACACUGGAUCCCAUGUGACAAUGCUUCAGUGAGAAUUGUUGAACUAUGUUUAGAAGGUGCAGCUGUUAGUGGUGCAUGAAAAGAAGAGCAAUUCAGAUUUCUGUGGCCCCCCUUUUUUAUUUUUCAUUAGUUAUUAGUAGUGCUCACAUUGGUUUCAUUAGAAUACACUCAGUAGAAAUAUCUGCACCCAUUGAUGUGUGGAGUCUGAGUGGCAUGUAAUGUGGCUUCUCGAUAGAUAGGUCACCUUUUAGUCAAAUUACUGAAGGCACAUUGUGAGUGUCUUGACACACGUCACACAAUCAGACCUAGCAGUCCUUCCUGCAGACUAAGUUUGGGGGCAAAGAUGGUAUAUUCAGCUAAGUGUAGGUGAUGCCACAAGGUGAGAGCAGUACCUGAUGUGGUCAGUCACUGCCCCUCACCCAGUGUUUACUGAGAUCCCAGGGAUACCACACAACACAGGGACCUGGUUUGUUUACAUUUUGGUGCUAAUUGUUAAAUAGUUAGUUCACUGCAACUUAUUUUUCCCUUUAAAAGAUGUGCUUUGUCUAGCUUUGAGGGUGCAUACUGAAUACAUGUAAGUGAUAUGAGGUUGCAGCGUUGAUAAUGAGAGUAAGCUUAUGAUCAAUUUAUGUAAAGAGCAGUGAGUUAAAAAAAAAUUACAUAUAUGUGUGUAUAUAUAUAUAUAUAUAUAUAUAUAUAUAUAUAUAUAUAUAUAUAUAUAUAUAUAUAUAUAUAUAUAUAUAUAUAUAUAUAUAUAUAUAUAUAUAUAUAUAGAUGCAGUGAUUAUUGUUGUCUGCCAUUGCUUUCUUCACUGCUAGAGGUACAAAUCUGUGAAAGAGGUUGGUGAGUCAUGCACAUUAAAGGAGCUACUGGCUUUUAUCAUCUAAUCUAACCAUUAUAAACUUCAUGAAUGCAUUGUUUUUGCCCAUUUUUAUGUGUAUUUUUAAACCUUUGAUUACUGAGUUGAAAUGUUUUGUAUUUUCAUACUUUGGAGCACUACCUGGCAUGAUGAGACCAUGUAAAACUGAGGUACUUUAUGAAUGUCUUGACUGCAGUAAAUGUCAAAUUGCAGAAGAAUAUUUUCUUAUUUUCUUGCAAGUGUUGUAAUAUUGUAUAUGUUAAGAGGGUUGUGUUUGCCAAAUAUAGACACCCCCAGUCGCUCAUAUUGUAAUACCUGUUAUCUCAGAGAUAUCCUUCAUUAUAUAACUGCCUUUGCCACCAAACAGUAAAGUUUAUUGUACAUUAUAAGGAAACCUUUGUGACAACAACACUUAUUUUGAUCCAGUUUGUUAAACCUGUAUUCCAUAUCAAAGAGUCCAAGGACCUGUAUAACCUGUCAUCUGAAACUUGAAGUGUUCAGAGAAGGAUCAGAAUUGGUGUUGAGAGAAAGCACUGACAAAUGUGCAGAUAUAGAGGGCCUAGUGCUGUGACCACACUGAGCCCCACCCUCCCCAUACCAGCUAUCACACCAGUCCCCCUCCCCCAUCAGCCUGCACCACCACCUCAGCAACUAGUGCGCUCUUCCCCCUCAAAAGAUAAGAAAUGAGGAUAAAAGAUAAAAGAAAAAUGUAUAAUGGUGAUUUAUUUUAUUUGAAAUAUUUAUAUGAAUGUAAUGUAUAUAAUCCUAGCAGGGUUUGUGUGGACAAAGCCUUUUGUAGCAGUGAUAAAGCAAUGCUUAUGAAUAGGAUGAAAGUUGCAGAAAACCAUGUCAGAUUGUACAGAGUGUAAUCUGCCACCUCCAACCGUUUCUCCACACUCCCUCACACGUAGCAGCAUAGAAACAUACUAUAUUGAUUAAGCCUGUUGUUAAUAUUGUUGUUGAUAAUCUUUUAUGUCCUAAAAAAAACUAUAUACAAGGUAGUAGUGUACUUGUUUUAUAAGACUUAAUGGCAUGUGUAAAGGACUCUUGUCUGCUUGAGAAUGGACCUGUUAUGUGAGGCAGCGUGGCAUGAGGCUGUGUUGUACCUGCUGGGUGGUGGACUUUGCCUCCCUCAGAUGGUGUGGCGUGUGGCAUGCUGGUCCUUGGUGGACCCAUGAUCCGUGUUUCAGCUCAGUGUUGUGUCAUCUGGCCUGCCUGUUGUGCUGAGGAUGACAUGACAUGUGAAUGUGAGGGAGAUGCAUUGAAUGGCAGCGUUGUUGUUGUUAUUGUUGUUUGGGCCUUGUGAGCAGUAAAUGUUGCAGUGGUUCUUGUAGCCCUAGUGAAAGGAAAUUUUCAAGUUACGGUAAGAGCUGAGUGUUUCUUUUUAUUAUGAUAUUUAAGCAUACUCAGCUAAUUUGUUCCUCACAUACAAUAAUGACAAUUAUAACAGUGUUGUUAUUCAUUAAGUAUGAAUUAUUUGAUUCAAUGAAUGCAGUCUCCAUUUCUGUGCUUCUUAACUCUGUGUCAAGAAAUCUGAAUAAGCUUUAGUGUUGUACGUAAUGAGUUUUUGAUGAAGGAUACUUACCAAACUUUCAAAGUAUACCAUACAUAGAGAUGAAUUUCAUUGUAUGAUUCUGGGUAUUUUAACUGAGCAUAAACAUAUUUUUAAUGUUUUCAAAGGGUAUUACAGGAGACAGUAAUGCUAAGACUUCAAAGCCUGAGUCAUUAGAGUCAUUGGUGAUCAGCCAUCAGUCUCUUCAUUGCACUUCUUGUUGGUACUGACAGUCUUGCAAGCCACACAAAGGACUCUGGCUCUUGGGUCUUACGACUCUCAGGAUUAACUAUAUAGACUUUUCAUUGAUCCUCCCCAGUCCUCCCCUUAAAGUAAUCUGUCUUGCCAAACAGCAGGGUUUGAACAAAGUAGAUGGGUACUUAAUUUGUAAGGCUAAACUGGAUUUUGUAUGUACUUAGGUUAUGGAUUGCCAUGAGAAUGUGAACUGUGAAUGGGUGUUGAAUAGUGUGAACGUGUCAGAAGUGCUGAGAGUCCCAACCCAGAACAUGAGGAGCUGGACCCCUCAUCUGAGUGUUUGUAUUUCAAGGCCUCAAAGUUGCUGCGUAUAUCAUGUGUACAUAAAUCUCCACCACCCAUGAGAACAUAUAUUUUAACUGCUAUGAUCACCAUCCCAAUUCAUUACCAUUGUCACCAUUAUCAUGAGUGUAUCACCCCCACAUCUUCAUCCCAACACCCUCUCCCUCACCCAGCCAGUGCAAUUGUAAUAGAUGGCCAUUCUCAGGAGGACUUCCAAGAUCUGUUAUCUCAGGAUCCACAGCAGCACGUAGUGAUGUCAUAGCCUCAAUGGGACACAUAGUGGAUCUGGAAUUUCACCUGUAUUAGACAAGAAUAGGAUUUGAGUGUUAUCCCUUUGGCAGCAGAAUUACUUUUUCAAAUGACUUGUAUAGAUAUGGCUUAACUCUCUUUCCAGUGAGGAGUGAUGGCAAGGAAAGGUUGCUGAAGGGAAAUUAUGAAUAGGCAUGUUCAGAAUUUGAUGGUGUUGGAUUGUACAUUAUUGCCCUCAGAGGAAUGAUUAGUAGGUACCUUGUCUGUUUCAGUUCACAAUCUCACAUUUAUACCUGGUGCCCAGCCAUAUCAUUCAUUCACAGAGCCCCCCCAUUCAAGUUGACUUUCUUUAGUCUUUCACCCCUCACAAACAAACAAGGACCCAUUUUGAUACCUUAGCCGAGUAUGAUAGUAGUUGUCGUCAACCCAUUACUGCUUGAGGCUGGACUGUUACAUCCAGACAGUAGGUACCUGAUUGUCAUGUAGUGUUAUCUCGCCUCGCCACCCACCCACCACCACUCCAAGCAGGACACGGUACACUGUGGCAAAUCCGGUAAACCCUUUAAAAUACUAACCACAUUGACUUAUUGUAUGCAUUAAAUUUCUCCCUUUUCCCCCCUGUGCAUUUAUCAUCAGAGUGCAAGUCAUGUUUACAAGAUUUAUUAAAGUUUAUGUAUUUGUGUGUUGGUUUCCAGAGAGAUUCCUGGUGAUUGUGUUUUGCAGGUGCAUACUUACGGAUGGUUGUGUUGAGAGCAGCCAACAUUUUAUUAUUAUUAUUUGUUUAUAUAUUUUUUUAUGUUGAAAGUGUGAUAGGGUGAGAGAGAGAGAGAGAGAGAGAGAGAGAGAGUGUGUGUGUGUGUGUGUGUGUGUGUGUGUGUGUGUGUGUGUGUGUGUGUGUCCUCCCAAGUCCAUCCAUUGCCCUGUUCCUUUCCCGCGCCAGGGAGCAGCCCGGCAUAAUACUACUAAACUAAUACUAGUAAUACUUUAAGUGUACUACAGCAGCCUGCUGGGGGAUCGUCGGCACAAGUGGCCCGUGAAUGGAAGAUGCUGUUUCCAUUUUUGUGGCUUUAUGAUUUAUAAAAGACAUUGUUUUUACAAUAAGAUGUAUAAUAUUUAUAUAUGUAUUUAUUUCUCUAUAGGGUAUUCAUACAUAACACAUGAUGCUAACGCUGCUAUAUUUUCAUUAGAUGCUAUUUAUUGUUGUAUAGCGUGAAAGGGAAGGAGACUUGUGAUAUCCCGAAAUAUGAGCAGGUGCGGUAAAUAUUGCAUAUAUAUACAUACAUCCUACUGUUCUGCAGGCGGUGGUGUCAUGACGCUGGGGGAAGGUUGCGAGACGUGCUAUGAGAAAAACCGAGUCACUAGGCCGUUUAUAGGAGGAGGAGGAGACGGUAGUAGUGGCGGUGGUGGUGGUGCAGUAUAGUGUAGGGAUGGUGUAAACACUUCGUAAUCCCUCUACAGUGUAUCGUUAUUUUUGUGCGUCCCUCCUCAAGACAGUGGCACACUUGUAUUGUGGGAGGAAAGCAAGUGUGUCCCGUCAGGUUAUAGGAGAGGGAAGCGUUCUGCGGGUCACUGGAGGAGGGUGGUCGGGAGGAGUCCGUGAACCAUCCUGCUGAACAAUAAACUGCCCACGUUA